AUGCCUCGCCAGCAAACCAAUUUGCGGGGUCCGAAAGAUCGGGAUGCCUCCAAAGGCAAAGGCAGACCAGCACCGAAGCGCAAGAGCACCCGUGCGAUUAAUGCGCUCUCUAUCGCCGAGAAACAAAUCACUACCAAGCUUGGUGUUCGCCGGAAUCGUUUAGGAUUCUACGAUGAUGGCUCGGAACGCAAAUUCCACAACCGCAACGACGAUGAAGACGAGGACGAAGAUGGUGAAGUCCCAGACUACAAGCGCCGCAGAUUCAACAACGCUCAACAAGAAGGCAGUAUCAACGGCGGAAGUGACAGCGAGGGUCACGAAUGGAAACUGGGACAGGUGGACAGUGAUGACGAUGAAUCUCUGAACAGUGACGAAGCUCUCGGAGAGAGUGACGAGGAAAGAUUCGAGGGCUUUACAUUCCGCGGAAGCUCUAGCAACAAGUCCAAACCCAAGCCUACAAAGCCUGCAAAGAAGCGGGCAGAGAUCAGUCUAUCCGAGGACGUUGAUGUGUCUGAGGAGUCCGAGGAUGAUGAAGAAGAUGAUGACCUUGGUGAAGAUGCGGUGGAUCUUCUUACUGCCUGGGAUAUGAACACUGCAGAGGAAGAGGCUGAAGCAAAGAAAGCUGCCGCCAAAUCGAAAAAGGCGGUAUCCGAUGACAGUGAAGAGGAUUCAGGCUCUGAGGCAGACAGCGAGUCGGACCAGAGCGAUGAUACCGGUUUAUCUCUCUCUGACGAUGACGAAUUCGAUGGUCAGAACGACGGCUUGAGUAAGCUUCAAGACUUUGUCAAUUCUAUGGAAACAGGACGUCGCACAAAAUCCACACAAAAAUCACAAGAACAGAGCAAGCCUACCGAAUAUGGCUUGACUUCCUCGAAGAAAUUGACUGUUGCCGAUCUCCUUCCCUCGAUCACAGACUCUCGCCUCAAGAGCUCUUUGAAACAUGUCGAUGCUACUCCUCAAACAACCAGCGCUGGUAUCCCGGGCAAGCUCGAUGCUCCUUUGGCGAAACGCCAGCAAGAUAAACUUGACCGCGCUGCGGCCUACGAGAAGAGUAAAGAGACCUUGAAUCGCUGGAUCGAAACUGUCAAGCACAACCGCAGAGCCGACCACCUUAUGUUCCCUCUCCCCGAUCCGGAUAAUGAGCAAGUCCACCGCAUGGAUGUAGCGAAGCCAACAAACGAUCUGGAGAACACUAUUCAGAGCAUUCUCGUUGAGAGUGGAUUGGCCGAGAAACACGGCAAGUCUGUUGAGGAGGAAAUCCAAGGCUUCGAGGAUAUCCAAGCUCGCACAUUGCCUAUCGAGGAGAUUCAAGCUCGCCGUGCUGAGCUACGGAAACGACGUGAUUUGCUUUUCCGUGAGGAGGUGCGUGCCAAGCGAAUUAAGAAAAUCAAGAGCAAGUCCUACCGCCGUGUUCAUCGCAAGGAACGUGAGCGUCUUGAGCAGCAGGAGAAGCAGGCUCUUUUGGAAGCCGGUGUGGAUAUGGAUGAAAUGGACAUUGAGAAGAACGAGCGAAUGCGUGCCGAGGCUCGCAUGGGCUCAAAACACCGCGACAGCAAGUGGGCUAAGAGCCUGAAAGAGACUGGCCGUACUGCCUGGGAUGAAGAUGCCCGUAACAAUGCGGCCGACUUGGCUCUCCGUGAAGAAGAGCUCCGCAGACGAAUUGAAGGAAAGAGUGUGGCUCGUGGUGACGAUACCUACCUGGAAUCUAGCUCGGAAUCAGAGGACGAGGAUCCCUGGGCUUCAGAUGCUUCAGAUGUUGAGAAGCGCAAGAUAGAGAAGAAGCUGCGCGCUCUGAAGAACGAGACGCCUGCCGAGCUCCCCAAGGGCCAGCAUUCAGCCCUUUUCGAGAUGAAGUUCAUGCAAAACGCAGAUGCGGCUCGCAAGGAAGCGAAUGAUGCAGAACUCAGACGCCUCAACCGUGAGCUGAAUGGUGAGGAAUCACAGUCCGACGCUGAGUCAGAGGUUGGUCGACGGAAGUUUGGCCAGUCAGCAAACAGCGACGCUCAGUCUCAAACGAAGCCCUUGCUCAAGAACGAAUUCGAGGAGAGACCUGGCUCAGAUGACGAGGACCAAGAUGUCGACAUUGUGGUUGAUCGUCCAGCAAAGUCAAAGCCUGUCGCCUCUGACCCGAAGACCAACUCCAAGGUCUCUGGCAAGAUGUUCAGCCAACAGCCAAAGGCGAAUGUCGAAGAAGAGAAUCCCUGGUUGGUUCAAACUGAACGGACCAACCGUCGCCAUACCGGUGUAGAUGCUCAGGAGUCUAUGGAUAUCUCUCUCAAGGACGAGCAACCACAACCCGCGCAAACAGGUGUUUCAUCUAAGAAGGGCAAAUCCGCAACGGCAGCUCUCUCCAAGAAGCGCGCUCAUGAAGACAACGACAGCGAUGAUGAGGAUAAUGUCCCUAUCCUGCUGAAGAACCAUGACCUGGUUAAGCGAGCGUUUGCCGGCGACGAGGUCGUCCAAGACUUCGAGCAAGAAAAGUUAGACACCAUUGGAGAGGAAGGCGAUAAGGUCGUGGACAAUACUCUCGAUGGCUGGGGUAGCUGGGCCGGCGAUGGUGUCAGCAAGAAGAAUAAGCGCCGCUUCUUAACCACAGAGAAAGGUGUCCAGCCCGAGAAACGCAAGGAUGCCAAACUCGAGCGCGUCAUCAUCAACCAGAAGCGGGUCAAGAAGAAUGUCAAGUACAUGGCAAGCCAACUGCCUCACCAGUACGAAACAAAGGCACAGUACGAACGCUCGCUGCGUAUGCCUUUGGGUCCAGAGUGGUCCACAAAGGAUACCUACCAGAGUGGAACCAAGCCUCGUGUCAUAGUCAAGCAGGGCAUCAUCAAGCCCAUGGAGAAGCCUAUGAUGUGA